AUGGGUUUGCCUACCAAGCAAUCUCCUUUCAUGUGCUCUGCUCUGCUUUUCGACACAGACUUUGCUUCCUUUCCCUUUGCCAUCACUUCCGCUGAUUUCACAAACUUGGUUUACAAGGGCUGUGCAAACCAAAAAUUCCAGGACCCAAGUUCUUCACAAACCCUCAAAUCCCUCUUUGAUUUUAUGGUCUCACAAUCUUCACAAAAGACUGUCUAUACAAGCACUUCUGGUGAAGGCCAAAAUGCCAUCUCAAAGCUCCAAGACGACGAGUUCUCCAACAUCGACGACGAUGAUGAAGAAACCUUUUCCAUUUCGUCGCCCUCCUCCUUAUCUGAUGAUGAAUUAGAAUCCGAUUCCAAGAUAUCGUACGAUGAAGAACGUUAG